UAUUUUAAACUAUAUGAUUACCAAAUCAUCCGAUAUGCCACGUGGCAUUUAGUAGCUGGCCCACCUAACAACGCAUUUUAGAUACAGUCAACUCUAGCUGUUUAUCUGAACCAAACGCGGCAAUUCCUUUUUCGGCGCCACCUCCACCACCGGAGUUUGAACCCAACAGCCGCGUCGCCCCGCUCCGCCCUCUUCAACUUUUACACAAUCUCAAGAAAAGCAAAAAUUUAAGUAAAUUCUUCCAAUUUUUCAAGUCGGUUUUUCUUUCUAUAUCAGCUUCAUUUUAGGGUAUCACUUCAGAUUUGGGUGAGUACCCGAGAAAAUUUCGUUCGUCUAUCUCUAUACAAUCUUCACCUGCUUUGCUGAUUUGAUUCUUGUGAUUUGAAUCGAUUGUGUUUUCCUUUUUCGAUGCGAUUUGGAUUGAAUAAAUGGCUUCGAUUCGAAGAACACUGUCGCCGUACCACGAACGGCCAUACCAAAAUGGAUCAAUUCCGCUUUCCAUACAAUCUCCAUCUCAGAAGUUUCUAUCGAACACCAAAACCACCCUGUCUCCACUCCGUAAAUUUCUUGCCGGAAUUUUUAUCCAAAAGCACUCUCGAAAAAAUAAUCACUUUUCUUGGAAAAAAUCACUUUAUCGCUGCUUAUUGUUCUUUUUCCUAGGGUUUUUACUUGGCAUGGCCCCCUUUAAUAAUGAUCUAAGUGAAAUGAAGAACCGUGAUUUAAGAAACAGUGAUUUCGCUUCUGAAAUCAAACCUCCCUUCCUGAGUAUCAAGCAGAAUGUCGAAAAUGUAGUUGACUGGCCUAGGGAAAACGAUUUCGCGGUGGGUAUGGAGGAAUUAAAGGUUAUUGAGAAGGCCAGAGAGAAUGAGGAUAGUAAAAUAUUGGAUUUUGUGCCUCGGAAACAGCUGAUUGUGGUGACACCUACUUAUAACAGGGCGCUGCAGGCAUACUAUUUGAAUAGGUUAGGGCAAGUAUUGAGGCUAGUGAGGCCACCAGUUUUGUGGAUUGUGGUGGAGAUGAAUGCUGCAUCCAUGGAAACUGCAGAUAUUUUGAGGAAGACUGCAGUAAUGUAUCGACAUUUGGUGUGCUCGAAGAACUUGACUAAUGUAAAGGACAGGGGAGUGCACCAGAGGAACACUGCGCUCGAGCAUAUUGAGUGGCACAGGCUUGAUGGAGUGGUGUAUUUUGCAGAUGAUGACAAUAUUUACUCCCUCGAGUUGUUUGAGAGCAUCAGAGAAAUCGAUCGUUUCGGCAUUUGGCCAGUAGGCAUGUUGGCUCAAAGCAAAAGUAAAACGAUACUGGAAGGUCCUGUAUGCAAUGGAAGCCAAGUAAUAGGAUGGCACACAAAUGAGAAGAGUAAAAGAUUUCGUAGGUUCCAUGUUGACAUGUCAGGCUUUGCCUUCAACAGCACCAUACUAUGGGAUCCCAAGAGAUGGCAUCGACCAACUUCAGAUCCAAUCCGACAGUUAGACAAAGUGAAGGAGGGGUUCCAAGAGACAACUUUCAUAGAACAGGUUGUAGAAGAUGAAAGUCAAAUGGAAGGCAUUCCUCCAGGUUGUCAUAGGAUAAUGAACUGGCAUCUCCAUUUAGAAUCUCAUGACCUUGUAUAUCCUAAAGGAUGGAUGCUUCAGAAGAACCUCGAUGCAGUCCUUCCCUCCAAGUCAUAGAAUCUGAUCUCAUGCUAAUCGCCUAUAUUGUUUGAUCCAUGAGGAAAAGGAAAUCAGUAUGUUCUUUGGUGGUGGUGCUUUUUCUUUUCAAAGCAAGUCAUUGAACCAAGGCAUAGUAAGCAGGUCGGAAGCAUCACUCCAGGCCCUCCAUAGGAUAUUGUUUGUAGAUUUUUGUCUUUGAGAAAUCUUUGAGAGGGAGGGAGCGAGGGGGAGAGAGAGACCUCAUUUUUUGUGGUGAAAAAAAAAAAAAAAAAAAAAAAAACUCAAAAAAGUUGUUGAUUUAGUCAUAGCGUGAAAACGCAUUAUUAUGCUUGGAGCUUGUGCUCUAGGGUUGAUAUGUGACUGAAUCUGUGAGUAAUAAACCUGGAAGUCAGUAACAAUGUUGGAUGUUGAUGGUGUAACUUUGUGAAUUUUCUGCGCUAUUUUGUUUUCAACUCA